AGAGGGAUUAUGGUAGAAGUGGAAGUAACUCUCUCGCUCUCGCUCCCUCCCCUCCCCGAUCUCCAGUCACAUCUCCCGUGCGGACGCAGCCCCGCUGAUUAGCGCCCGCUCUGCCCGUGUGAAUGGGACACAGGGAGAGGAGGGCGCAGGCGGAGCCCCCCACCCUACCCUGAGCAGAGGAGGAAGAGGAGCCGGGGUGGGGGGAGGAAAGAAGAGGGAGACCCCCCCCCAAGAAAUCAUCCAGCAAAAGGGGGGCGCUGGCAGCACCCCCGGGCAGUGCGGUCAUGCGGGACCGGGUUUAGGGGCUCUUCCCCGCUCUGCCCGAGACGGCGAACUUUGGGGAUCCCCCCGCCACACACACACCCCCUCCCCCGGAACUGGAGAAGUUUCCCCCCCCCCCGCCCCUGCCUCUCCCCCCCGCCCCCCCCCCCAGCGGAGAUCUACCCAUGCCCCAAGCGGGGGGUUAAAGUUGAGCCUUGUUUCCAGCCGCUGUCGAGCCAAACAGGUCCUGCGAGCAAGUCAUGAUGGUUGAAUCUGCCUCGGAGACAAUACGCUCCACUCCCUCCAGCCAGAAUGGGGUCAGCAGCCUCACCAACCAGACAGACGGAGGCGGCGGUGGCGGUGGAGGAGGAAGGGAAGGAGGCGGCGGGGAAACCAAUGGGGAAAUGAGCCCGGUGGAACUCCUGCAUUUUCAGCAGCAGCAGGCUCUCCAGGUGGCAAGACAGUUCCUUCUGCAGCAGGCCACGGGGCUGACCUCUCCUAGCAGCAAUGAGAACAAGCAGCCCGCAGUCCAGGUCCCCGUGUCCGUCGCUAUGAUGUCGCCUCAGAUGAUUACGCCACAGCAGAUGCAGCAGAUCCUGUCUCCUCCCCAGCUCCAAGCUCUGCUGCAGCAGCAGCAGGCGAUCAUGCUGCAACAGCUGCAGGAAUACUACAAGAAGCAACAAGAGCAGCUUCACCUGCAGCUAUUGACGCAGCAGCAAGCCGGAAAGCAGCAACCCAAAGAGCAGCCGUUAGGGAAUAAACAGCUGGCGUUCCAACAGCAGCUACUACAGAUGCAACAGCUGCAGCAGCAGCACUUGUUAAACCUUCAGCGACAAGGGCUGGUCAGCCUUCAGCCGGGACAAGGCACCGUUCCCCUGCAGACCCUUCCUCAAGCUGUGUGUCCCUCGGACCUGCAGCAGCUCUGGAAAGAGGUCACCGCUACCCAGCCUGUAGAAGACAGCAUCAAGCAAGAGGGCCUCGACCUGACCACCAAUACUUCAAACUCUACCUCGUUUUCGGCCGCCAAGGUCUCGCCUCCCAUUUCCCACCACUCUCUCCCCAAUGGACAGAGCGCCAUGCUCACGCCAAGGAGGGACAGCAGCUCUUCUCAUGAAGAGAACCCCGGAUCCCACCCUCUGUAUGGACACGGAGAAUGCAAGUGGCCGGGUUGUGAAACCCUCUGUGAGGACUUGGGACAGUUUGUCAAACACCUCAAUACAGAACACGCACUUGAUGACCGAAGCACGGCCCAGUGUCGAGUUCAAAUGCAAGUGGUGCAGCAGCUGGAAAUACAGCUGGCGAAAGAAAGCGAGCGUCUCCAGGCAAUGAUGGCCCACCUCCAUAUGAGACCUUCGGAGCCGAAGCCUUUCAGUCAACCUCUGAACCUGGUCUCAAGCGCCACCCUCUCCAAGAGCACUUCAGAUACCUUUCCAGAUGGCUUACCUCAUCCCCCCACCUCCGCCACCGCCCCCAUCACUCCCUUGCGGCAGGGCCCAUCCGUCAUCAGCUCCUCCACCUUACAGACCAUGGGGGCCAUUCGCAGGAGAAACCCUGAAAAAUUCUGUCCCCCAAUAUCUUCAGAGCUUGCACAGAAUCAUGAGUUUUACAAAAACACAGACGUCCGGCCGCCCUUCACGUAUGCCUCACUCAUCCGGCAGGCUAUCCUGGAGACCCCAGACAGGCAGCUAACGUUGAAUGAAAUCUACAACUGGUUCACGCGGAUGUUUGCCUACUUCAGGAGGAACACCGCCACCUGGAAGAAUGCCGUGCGUCACAACCUGAGCCUGCACAAGUGCUUUGUGCGAGUGGAGAACGUCAAGGGAGCCGUCUGGACGGUAGAUGAAGUCGAGUACCAAAAGCGAAGGCCACCAAAGAUGACGGGGAGUCCGACUUUAGUCAAAAACAUGAUUUCAGGACUCAGUUACGGAGCACUUAAUGCCAGCUACCAGGCAGCCCUGGCAGAGAGCAACUUCCCCCUCCUGAACAGCCCCACCAUGAUCAACACCAGCUCCACCAGCGGCAUGCUGCACAUCGGCCACGACGACGUGAGCAGCACCGUGGAACAAGUCAACGGCAGCAGCAGCCCCCGGCUUUCCCCGCAGCAGUACAGCCAUCAAGUCCACGUGAAGGAAGAACCUGCCGAGGCUGAGGACGACAGCAGGCCCAUCUCUCUCAUGGCUACCACCAAUCAGAAUGUGACGAUCCCAGAGGACAGGGACCUGGAGGAGGAGCUGCCAGUGGAAGACUUGUCUUAAGGGCUCUCCCUCCUCACCUAGGGGCAAGCACUUCCCCCUACCCCCCACCCCAGGCGGAGACCAAGCAUCGGCUCCCAUCUCCUCAAGGUGACCUUCAGCAUUAACCUGACAAAGCAAAAAGGGUUUCUUCGGUGCAACCUGUUGCUGAAGGCACGUCCCUCCUCCCCCAGACCCUCCCAGCCCUGUCCCGGUGACUCUUAAGACUCCCAUAAUGGGGGACGUGCAGAGAAACAAAAAAAAAAAAAACAACAAUCCCUCUCCCUUUGGUUAGUGACUGGUGAACGAGGAUGGUAGGUUGUUUCUGUCCGAAAAUUUCUCCUUAUUCCCUCCCCCCGUUUUCCAACUUCAUGGCAAAAGGAAGGCGCCUCCUGUCACGUUGGUUUUCUCAGUAUUUUGGUGGGUCUCGGUCCAUGCUCUGGGCUUUUCCAGUGGUGACGGGACUACUCUGUUCCGUGCGAGGUUCUCCCCAAGCAACGUUCCGCGCAGCCGGAGGCAACGUCCAAGCUACACCCCUCCGUGAACGUUCCCCCCCACUCCACCCCACCCCACUGCCACCUCCCUUUUGGAAAAAAUCAUCUGUGAUGCCAGGAACCCACCAGUCUUUCUCCCCCUCAGUGGGCUUUGCACUAGGAGAAACUUUUCACCUCACAGAUGGCACCUGCAGAUAUCCACCCGGUGGCUGGCCUGGAAGUUCCACUCAUCCCCAUCUUGGUUCCUUUCCUGGCUAUGGAGGAAAAGAAUCGGUUGUGUCCAUAGGAGCCUGAGGUUGGCGUAACCUUACGCAGCCCCAUCAUGCUGCUGCCUCCAGCGGAUCUUACCGCCAAAUGCUAAACCACUUGGAGAACAGAAUAGCCAACCUGGGUUUAUCUCCCUCCUUCCUGACGCCUGUUCCCUCUCUGCCCUGCUCUACAGUGGCAUGGUAGCAUCAUGGUGGCGGUCCACUUUACCCGGACAAACGCAAACACUCCACAGCAGGGGCGGAUACUCUGCCCUUGAGUUUUGUUUCCCUUGAAAAUGAAGAAAGGACAUCUCUCCCGCCCCGUCUCGUGUGGUGGAAAUGUUGGAAGGACAGCAGCGGGGUCCAGGCAUCGGAGAUUGAAAUGAGGGCCGAAUGCCAGUUUGAAUUCAGGGAAAGACUUGAGCCCUUCUCUGCCGAACAAUGGAUCUGGUUCCUUCUCCUCCCAGCUCCCCUUCCAUCCCCAUUCUGUGCCGAUGAAAAGUUCUCAUGGGGUGAAACAUUGAGCAGGGUCUGUGCCUACUUUGUGAAGCCUCCCUCUUCCCUUCCCAGGGUCAGGGCAUUUUAAGGAAAGGGCGGUGAAUGGAAGAGACGUCCCCUGGGCUAUCCUGGCUUGGGUUAUCAUGUGUGCUGGUUCGUAUUAGUGAAGCUGAGCGCGACGAGACAGGAGAAUCAAAAGGAGCGGGCGUGGGGUCUGGCUCGGCUCUAUGAAUCAAAACAGGAGCUCGGCCACCUGAGCUGACCGGGACAAUCCUAAAGCAAUAUGUACUGAAAGGUAGCCGUGGGGCCCUUCCUCGGCUGUGGCCAGACAGACCCAGGCACUUGGCUCCAGUUAGCCCACUGGCUUGGACAGCGGGCAGCCUGCGGUCCCGCCACCCUCACCAUGUCAGAGACCUGGGCCCAGAGCCAUGGCGAACUGGGCAUAAGCUGUUUUUUGUCAAGACAGGAAGAUACCAAAAGAUUUUUAGGGAUAGAAGGUCCAUAGUUCAGGUGAACAGACGGUAUUAAUGCCAAAAAAAAGGAAAAAAAAUUCCAAACACCAAACCCCUUCUCUCCCCUCUUGAUUUUUGUCAGUUGGUUAUUUGUUACCUCACGUCACACUGCCCAAGGGCUUUUCUCUUUGCAGAAAGCAGCAAACUUCCAAAGGUUCCUCUGUCCAGCCUCCCGGAUGGGACGUUGCUACCCACCCUCCAGCACCAAUGAGACUUUGGCAAGCUGAACUGUCUGGUUAUAGGAUUGGAUCCUGUUUGGGGAGUGUUGGGAGAUGGAGGCAGGUGGGUGUGUUUUUUGAGAGGGUUUAGUCUCCUGGUGCAUCUCCAGAGCAGACCUGCUUCUCCUCUGGGACUUUCUCCAAGCUCUUUCAGGCCAGUGGAUUUACCCCGAGGAGCUUAUCUCAGCAAAGGAGCUUGUCACCAAAGCCAGCACGGCACCCCUAUCUGGUUCUUGCCUCACCUCAGCCUUUCUCUCCCUCACACCCAACCCUCCCCUCCCCUCCCCUCCCUUCCAUCUCCUAAAGGCAAAUU